AUCCUGAAGAUAGGAAUAACUGACGAAAACGAAAUUACCAUUUCAAUUUUCCUUUUUUCCGUCCAAAAGUGAAGCCAACGUUUGAUAACCACCAGCUGACAAUGACGGUCGAGCUAGCAACGCUGCACGAAAAGCGUCGAACAAUUUCGCGACCUGAGAUAAUGAUCUAACGAAAAUAUCUCCCAAUCUCGCAUAACUCCCCUGGAACCCACGCGAAGGUUUUCGUGUGCCGUGAAUAGCGUGAUUUAAAAUAGUUUUGCUUUUAUUAUGUUUCCAUUUUCACCGCCCUGCUCUGUACCAUGUGCAUGAGUGCAUCACAUCCGGGGGAAGAGGCCCCACGUUGCAGAUAUUGGUACGUGAUCGAUAAGCCGCUUGCAGCAGCAGCGUGUUUUUGUUCAACUUUCAUUCGCCAAUUUGCUUUGCUGCUGCCCUGAAGGAAAUGGGGCUUAGACCCGCUUCUUAUCGGAACCAAUCGGGUGUGGAUGGUUUUUGCCGCUAGGAUUCGACUUUCUGCUCGAGUCGAUAUCGUGCAAAGGUGAACCUCACGCCCGUGAUGCUCGUGGCUGGGGUGGGAUGCAUCGCUUGGGAGAUGCAGCAGCUAACCGGGGUGAUUGGUUGAUGGCUCGAAGGGUUACCAUAAUCGUCACGGGAACGGCGCUACCUUGAAGAGUACCUCUUUCUUAUGUCUUUUUCGUGCCUUCUUACAUUUUUGUUCCAUAGUUUGUGACGUUCGUUGUGAGUGUUCGUUUCCUGCUGUUUAGCACUACCUCGCCGCUGUGCCCGUUAUUAUUGAACGGUGUGUGAAAAUGUGAUUAGUGUCAUCCUGCGGUGGCACGGUGGCGAGAAAAAACGGCGACGCGUCCUCGUUAUGGUUUGAAAUUGUUAAUUAUGUCGCUUUGUCAUCGGACACCCGCCGCCGCACCAGUCGAUGGCAAUACACGGAAGACGGCGGAAGACCGCAUCGUACUGCAUUCGGGUGAAAUGCUGUCGCCCUAUCGGUGGGCCGUGAACAUUGGUGCAUCCGCAGGCGCAUUGCCACCGGCGGCUGAGCAGAACGAAGCAAGUGUGACAAACGGCUUAAGCGCAAAUCUCGACCGAUCGUCGAGAUCACCGGGAAUGCUAAUCACCGUGGCCCUGUGACCAGCGGCCGUGAAGCAAUUUACGGCGCGGGCUAGAAGAGGGGACCUGAGAAGCUCGGGUGGCCUUCCUUUUCCCCCCCUUUUCCAUUCGUCCUCUUCUAAGUGUUACUGUGUUCGUAUGUUUGUGUGUUAGUGGCUAUGAAAUUAUGACGACGCCAUGCCAUGAUAGUUAAGCGCGAGAGCGAAAGUGUGGAAGAAAAGUGGUUGAUACAUGUAUACGGUGUGUACGCUUAAGCUUGGAGCUUGGCUUCCCUGCAUUGAUCCCCACAAACACAAAAGCAAAUAAUAAAAAAAACCUCGGCUGCGAAAGCACAGCGAUCAGUGGAGUCAAUAAACGAAAAACAAUCACCACGACCCGUGCCGGUUGGUAAAGCCGCCCUCCCGUUUGGCGCAAACAAUCAAACACAAUAAAGGUGAUUGAAGUGCCGGGGAACGUUAAACAGUCAAAAACUAAGAGGAAAAAACCCCUUGCUCCUCUAUAUUUAUUCCGCAAACAAAUGGAGUGUCAACAAACUGUCGCAUACGUAAUGUAAUAACCCACAAACCGGAACCGGUGUGGGGCGGACGUGUAAAACGUGUACUAAGAGAAGCCAAAAAAACAACAACAAACAUAAACGAAAACAGAAACGAUUAGCGCGGAAGCGAACACAGCCAGGUUUUUUAAAUCUUUCAUGUGCCAAUGUUAGUAAAAGUUUUAACAAAUUUUAACAACCACGCGGCGCACAUUGCCAAGCGUUGCGUUUGAAAAGCUCUCGCUGAGGGGAGUGUUUAGUAAGUUAGUAAGUAAGUAAGUGGCCAAGUGGCGGUAAACGCACAGUUUCACGCUCACAUAAAAAAGGCGUACUUAACGCGACCGUCCAUUCAACAUGAGGAAAAUGGAUGUCAACAAUGCUAAAUAUUUGCUCGAUUACCUCUACUACACGAGAGAUGAUGAACAGUUUCGUUUCUACAAGAAGUCAAGAUCAUCAAUAUUUCGCGGUGUGAUACUAUGUCUCUGCUUGAACCUUACCUUCGCCAACGUGGUCCGGUUCCCGCGGGAACUGCAGCUGCAUGGAUCCGCCUUCCUAGUACCUUACGUUAUACUACUCCUUCUAGUCGGCCUCCCGGUGGUACUGCUCGAAAUAUCGCUCGGCCAGUUUCUUGGCCAAGGUUCGGCGCACAUGUGGCGCGCAGCUCCCUUCCUGAAGGGUGCCAGUCUGGUGGGACGUAUUGCUUCGUGGCUGGCGGCGAUAUGGACAUCGAUGCAAUCCGUGAUUGCACUGCUCUACAUCGGAAUGCUAGCAUUCAAAUCUGUGCCAUUGCGGGAGUGCUCCAAAUCGGUUACGAUCAACCCGCAAGCCAUUUAUAAUGGCUACGACGUACAGCAAAGCAGUGGACAGGAAUGUUUGAAAUUAACAUUUCUCCGUCCAGUGUGGAGAAGCUCGCUGUACUUUGGCUUGCUGGCGUUGAGUCUCAUACUGCUGUGGGUCAUUUCGAUGGUUUGCACACACAGCGGGAAAAUUAAUCGCAGAUCGAUUUACCUGUUCGGCUUUGUGGCGCUGGUACUGCUGAUCUUCGAAACCGGGUGGGAAGUUACGAAAUCGAUCAACGAGCAGUACUUCCCCGAUCUGUGGCCCUUCCAUCCGGAGUCGUUCGCGGAUAGUACGGUCUGGUUCAAUGCGCUCGUGCAGGUGAUCUACUCGCUGAACAUUGGUUUCGGCGCAGUGCCAGUACUGACGGGCAAGUUCCUCUACAAGGGGGAUGCGAUCAAGACCUCGUUUGUGUACAUCUUCUUCAACAUACUCAUCACAGCGAUCGCGGUAGUGUUCUACGUGUUCCAGUACAACAACAGCUUCACCGAGGCACAUCCCUUCUAUCCGGAGCUGAGCGCCCUCACCGUCAUAUACGAUCGGGCCAUCUCCGUGCAGGAGUCGGACCCGACCCUGCAGCGGCUCAUUCCCGCCCUAUCGUACACGGUGAUCUUCAUUUCGUCGCUCGUUUCGAUCGUCAUCUACAUCUACACCUCGACCCGGAUCAUCCGGAAGCACCCGAACUACACGGUGUGCCUCGCCGGGCUGGUGGUCGCCAUCGCCGGGCUGCUCUGUCCCAACUACAUCUUCCCGCGCAUCCUGGACACGCGCAUCGUCGGUGCGCUGGCCGUGUGCGCCAUGAUCUUCGAGAUCAUCCUCAUCAUCUGGGUGUACGGGUCGAAAAAUCUCUACACCGAUCUGGAGUUUUCGCUCGGCCGGCCCGUGCUGAAGGCGUGGCUGUUCAUCUGGGGCUUCAUACCGGUGCUGCUGAUGGCGCUGCUGUGCUGGUGGUCGAUCACCUACUACGACAACGAUCUGCUGAUCGAUUACUUCCCCAAGUGGCUGCCGGUCGUGUUCAGCCUGUCGGUGAUCGUGCUACUGGCCUGCGUCGAGAUCAGCAAGCAGGUGGACUACAACAUCUUCAGCAUGAUACACGGUGCGACCAAACCUUCGAAGGACUGGGGCCCGGCCGAUCCGCUCGUCCGGCACGCCUGGAAGCAGUGGAAAUCGGUCUGCGAGGAUACGGGCGAGCGGGACUUUACGUUGCGCCGGCGCGGCACCAAGGACUACACCAACUCCAUCAAGAAGGGCCAGUACACGCACUCGCACAAGUACGGUGCCUCGUCCAACCGGAACCUUUCGACGACGGGCAGCAACUCGCCCAACUACAGCGGAUCGGUGUUUGGUGAUUCGGCCAUCGAAGAGGACAUGAGUGUGGAAAAGUACCCACACUACAACAAGCACUCUAGCACGCAGCAGCAGCAGCAGCAGCAUCACACCACGACCUUGGGUGGGCACGGAGGUUAUGGGCUGGAUACGCCACCGCCGCUUCCACCACUUCCCCUGACCGAAACGACGGACGACAGUUCUCCCCGCAUAUCGGCCAGCUCGCGGAAAUCUUCCCGCGCGACCGAUCACACCAAGCGGACGCCCAGCGAACGCAGCGGGGCCGAUUUGCUGCCCAACUCGCGCAAAACGUCCGACAACAGCUUUUCCUCGCGCAUCGACAUCAUGCCGCGGGAUGAGGAAGCGACCGGGUUCGCUCGGAGCACGGCCAUUGUGCGCAAUCCGCUCGCCAAGGGCAACCAAAGCCACCAGCAGGUCCAUGGGCGGCACUACCAUCCGCACGGUGGCAUGGUGCCAGUGCACGGUGCCAAACAGAAUGCCGUCUCGUACCAUCAGGACGGACCGAGGACCGCCGUCGGUGGGCCGGCGAACGAUGGCGACCGGCUGCAGGGUGGCUACAAUCGGGACAUCUUCAUCAGCAAUGGGCAUGCGCCGACCAGCGGCGGUGCGGCUGGCGGCGAUCACAUCUGCUGGCGAAAGUUUUCCAUCAACUCGGAGGAAUACUCGACGGAGCUGUAAGCAGGGAAGGAUGGCGCCUGUUAAUAGAAUAUUGUUACACUUUUCGUUUUCGUUCCGUAUCUUUCUGUUUGCAUGCGUUUGCAACGUUGCAGUUUUGUACAUACUGUUAGACACGAGUGCUAAGACAAGGGUAUGGGAGGGACAUAGAAAAAAAAAACACUUUGCCACUACGAUUACACACCCGACCGUGGUGUGUAUGUGUGUUCCGAACUGGUUUGGCCGGUGGCAAAGGACUGAUUUCAUGGGGACGUGUGUGUGUUUAUGUUUGUUCAUUCGAAGAGGGUAGGGUUUUGGGAGAAAGCAGGACCUAACCGGUGUCCUGUUCAUCGGUUUAUAUUAUUUAUUCGAAUAGCAAAAGCAAAAAAAAACUCAUUCUAAUGUGAGUGUUUGGGUCAGGUUUGCAUGGCGCGUCUUUCAAAAGGAAGGUGUUUAAAAUAAAAGCUGCAACUUGUGAACCUUUAAACCUGUCGCAUGUGUUACUGCGUUCACGCAACAUCAUUGUUCGUUAUCGUUACCAAUCCGUAGCAAUGCACUUACGGGAAAAGGAAUGAAGUGUGCUCAUGAGCGAUCUUAAUUCGACGAUCUUGGAAGAUCUUUUUUGUGGCAUGCUAGCGCGGCAUACACUGUUUCGUGCAGAGGCGCAACGAUACCAAGCGGGAGAGAACGAUCCCGCGUUUCUAAAAGAUGGUAGAGUAGUUAAGUAGUUUUUUGUUGUUCUGGGCAAACGCUGAUAUGACCGACUCGGCCGGGAUAAAGUAAUAUUAAGUAAGCUGUGUGUUAAGAGACCGGGUGUACUGAAACUUAAUGUAGCCUAGUAGAGCGUGGAUAUGGCUGGAAGACGAGCAUUGCUUUCCUGUCAAAAAUGGCACGCGUGUGCGUGUUUCAAGGGAGAAUUGUACAUAACGCAACGCUAGUGAGACCUGCGCUGGAAGUUGGAAGUUGGUAAUAAUAAAAAUUACGGUUACGUUAAAAACACUAAAAA